GUUCCUGAGCACCGCCGUGGGCACUGCUGUCAUCUCCUCCGCUCUGCUCAGCGACUUCCAGGAGAUUAGCACGUCUGUGCGCUACCGCCUGCAGCACCGAGUCCAGGACCUUCCCAAUAACCUGGUGGGGCCCAUCUGUGCCUUCUGGAACUUCAGCCUCAGCCCAGAGGCUGGCGGGAUGUGGUCCACAGCCGGCUGCUCUGUGGUGACAUCUCUCCCGGACUCCACUGCCUGUUUUUGCAACCACACCACGAACUUUGCUGUGCUGCUGCAGGUGUAUGAGAUGCAGAGGACCACCAAGGAGGAGCUCACACUGCAGACCUUGACUUUCAUUGGAUGUGGAGUUUCCUUCUGUGCCUUGACUGUUACCUUCAUUUUAUUCUCGGCAGUUGGUGUCCCCAAGAGUGAACGCACAACGGUGCACAAGAACCUCAUCUUUGCGUUAGCUGCAGCAGAAGCUCUGCUCAUGUUCAGCGAGUUGGCCAAGACCAACCAGGUGCUGUGUUUCACGGUCACUGCCUGCCUUCAUCUCUUCUUCAUGGCAGCCUUCUCGUGGAUGCUGGUAGAGGGGCUUCUCCUGUGGAGCAAAGUGGUAGCAGUCAACAUGAGUGAAGACAGGAGGAUGAAGUUCUACUAUGUGACAGGCUGGGGCCUUCCAGUGGUGAUCGUGGGUGUGACCCUUGCAACUUCCUUUAACAAGUAUGUGGCGGACAACCACUGCUGGCUGAACAUCCAGACCAAUGUCAUCUGGGCCUUUGUGGGGCCUGUUCUCUUCAUCCUGGCCGUGAACACCUUCGUGCUGUUCCGGGUGGUGAUGGUGACUGUCUCCAGUGCUCGCAGGAGAUCCAAGAUGCUGACUCCCAACAGCAGCCUGGAGAACCAGAUUGGAAUACAGAUAUGGGCCACGGCCAAGCCCAUCCUGGUGCUGCUGCCCGUGCUGGGGCUGACCUGGGUAUGUGGGGUCCUCGUCCACCUCAGCAUCGUUUGGGCUUAUGUCUUCAUUGUGCUGAACUCCCUCCAGGGCCUGUACAUUUUCCUGGUCUAUGCAAUCUACAACAGUGAGGUGAGGAAUGCCAUCCAGAGGAUGAAGGACAAGAAGAAAGCACUCUCAUUCACAAACUGCUCUCAUCCCAUCAACUACUUAUCAAGCCCAAGAAACGUGACCUCCUGGGAGACAGGGAAACCGAGUCCUGCAGCUGAGUGUGCCUCGUCAAGCCCUGUGCAGAGAGACCCUCCAGUGAAGAACAUCACCAACAAAGGAAAUUUUGGAGCCAAAAUUCCCAUGGGGAUUUCAUCGAUUAUGUCACCCGAGAGACCGGCUGUGGAGCUGACAGCGUUCAAAUCCUCAG